GGCCACUCAAGAUGGCGCCGUCCGCGUUGCUGCGUCCCCUCUCCCUGCUGCUGGCCCCUGCCAGGCUCCCGAGCGGCUCUUCAGCGUGGUCAAAGUUCUACGUGCGAGAGCCGCUGAAUGCCAAACCUCACUGGCUGAAAGUUGGGUUGACCUUGGGCACCAGCGUCUUCUUGUGGGUCUGUCUCAUCAGACAACACAAUGAAGAUAUUUUAGAGUACAAAAGAAGAAAUGGGCUGGAAUAAACUUUUGAAAUACUAAUGCAGUGUGCUCCGUAUAGUGAUUUUAGCUGUUCCUCUGGAUUCACCAUCUAUUGAGUUGUAAAUGUGAGAGAAAAAGAUAUGUGAAUAUAUACCAAGUCAGCAUUUGUAUUUUGCAUCAUUAAAUAAAAAGAAAUAAAAA